AAUCGUUUAAUUGUGCGUCGGAAAUGUUGAGAGCAGUUAGAAAGAGGGUAUCAAACCAUGCCGAGUGAAAGUAUAUAAAAAGUACGCAACAAGCUUCAAUUACUGAGUGAAUUUAAGCACUAUUUUUUAGAAAAGGAAAAGUUCCCUUGGAGAUCUAAUCGAGCUCGUCAUCGGUUGUCUCUAAUCGGUGAAAAGUCGAGUUUUAGUGUGUGGUUAUACUCAUAAUUGCAGAUCCGUGAUUUAUACUAACUUGAAAAUAUUUUAUUUCACAUAUCGAGCAACUUUACGACACUGCGUACUCGGAUGUAAUGGCUUUAUAGCCAGCAGUGCCAGCGAGUUGUAACUAACAAGUUGCGCUAAUAGGAGGGAGAAUAUGGGACCAAGUGUAUGUGUAAGUGAAUGUGGCAUAAGCUAUGGUGAACUGGUGCAAAUAUGCAGUGCCAAGGACAUAAAUCAAAUUUAGCCGUUUCCAGUUGUUCGCGCAGUAACGGUAUUUAAAACAGUGCGAAGCAGUUAAGGGCAUACGAGAGCUACGACAACCACAUUUACCACAACUUCAAGCAAACCCUCAUACCGGGAUUGGCAGCAUGUCCAGCCAUUCGGGCACGAUUGGCCGCAAGCGCGGUGGCAGUGCCAGCGAGUACUAUUUUGGCGGUGGCGGUAGCGGCAGCGGCGACCAGAUGCGCCGACAGCGGUCGGCCGAGUGGCACAGCCACCACGGCUACAGCAGCAGCGAGGACGAGUACCAGAACACGACGCAGUCGACAGCCUUCGAUACUCAACUCUUGGCACAGCUGCUGUUGCAGAGUCAGCAAUUGGCAAAUUUGGAUCGCUAUAAUUCAGACUGUGAAAAUCCAAUAAGCUCCCCGUCACUACUUACUGAGUAUUCGAACACCAUGCGCGACUCCGGCGCCAGUUCAGCUUUCCACCUUCAAACGCAACAGCAAAACACGGGGCUGUGCUCACCUAUGAAACAACAGACUGAUCUUGCUGCCAUCCUGUCAGCAUCACAAAACACUGCCGCCAACAAAUAUCAAGCAAAUCAAUCGUCACUGAGCGUGGCUCUUCUUCCAAACAGCGUCAGUACAACGCGAAGUACAAAUCCAUUUCUAAACGCCAAAUACGAUACACAAUCAAACUCGGAUUCAUUGAGCGAACGACUGUCGUUCUCAGGCAGCAUAGUGAUGUUGGAUCGUUUGCAAGCGACUGCGGAAACCGCCGCUGCACUAUCCGCAAACGGCAACAGCACCAUUGGUUUAAGUGCACUCAAUUCCUCCUUUUUAUUGCCGACCAGCUCAACGGCCAGCAGUCUGAACCCUAGCAUUCGCGAAAGUAAUAGCAGCGGAGCGGCGCGAGCUCAUCGCACGAAAAGCGGGCGCGCACAAAGUCGCACCAUCGCUGGUAGUGCUUCCACAGGUGGAAUGACAUCAUCUAGUAGUGGGGCUUCAUCUACAGCAGAGGCUGCAGGCGCUACAGCUGCGGCUAUUGCGAGUCGCAGUGAGCGUGAGAAAUUUAAAUUGCACCAAAUGCAAAAAGAACUGCUGGAGUACACACAAUCCACAGCCGAAAGCUCCAUUGGUAUGGAUUUAGAUGAGUUUGUUACUUCCGGCGGAGAGUCUGAGCCGCCCCCAGAGCCUGCACCACCGGAAAUACCGCCACGCACACAAUCGCUUCUAAUGUCGCUACGAAAGCAUUCGGACUAUAAGCUCAAGUACGAAGAAAAAGGCGGCCAAAAGCAUGAGGAGUUUAUACCGACGAGUCAAUUACAUCAACAACAGCAACCACCUUCGCAGAAGGAUUUUAUAAUUGCCGAUAAUUUACGCUCUAGCGAAAGUCAGUCGAAGUCGAGCGAUACACAGAGCCAAUCAGGAUUGGGCCCAAUGCCGGUCGGGCAUCCACAACAGAUGGCUCAAAGUAUGUCAACAGGCAAUAACACGCUGGGCCACAGUGGCAUCGACCGCGGUGGCGGCGGUGGGGGCGGCGUGCCGGGAGGAGGUGGUGGGCCUGGCAUGAAUGGACCUGGCGGGCCCCAUUGCCAGAUGAGCGGCUCUCAACCCUUGGUGAUGCCUGGGUUCCCAUUGCGAAACUCGCACUCAGCGCACACACCGCACUACUCGCCAUAUUCGCCAUCCAGGUUUCACAUAGAUAAGCGCUGUCAGCACCGAUGUUCCUGGAAAUGUUUGAGUAUCGCCUUAAUACUAGUAACAGUCGUCCUAAGCGCCAUGUUGACCUACUUUGCAGCCGUGAGUUCGAUGAAGCCCAACAUGGACACUACCAAUUGCAUCCUAGUCCAAGAUGUCAAGUCGCAACCACAUGACCUACACGGUAACACGAAGGCGAGCGGAAACAAUGUCAAUGGUGGCCAGGUGCCGACGGCAUUCCCAACAGAGGAAUCGAUACAAACAAGCACUUCGGACCACAGUGGUACCAGUACUGGCUACGGCGGCAUGCAGAACUCCGCGCCGUCGCUACAGCUGCAACAGCAGCAACAAUUGCUGCUGCAACAACCGAACGCUAACAAUCAUCAGCAGAGCCUAGCCGGCGUUCCACUAGAUGCUACGUCCCAUCUUCAGGACCAAUCGUACACGGCGCAACAACAGCAAUCGGCUCAGCAUCAACAGCAACUGCUGAAGUGGCCGCAGGUUGUGGAGCUGAAAGAUUUUAAUGAAUUCUACCACGCCAACAUUCCGCCAUACCAAUUUUGGAACUUGGAGUUCCGCAAUAAGCAUCCAGCCUUCAUUCGCUUCAAUUUCACGCUACCGUGGGGCGCAAGCUUUGCGGUCUAUUCGCGCCGCAAUGUGGCACCGUCUGUGACGCAACACGAUUUUGUCGAGUUCAUCAAAGGCGGGCGCCUGGACAGUCAUUUACGCCACAAACGAGCUGCUCAGUGGCGUAAUGAAAGCGGCCAGGGUUUCAAAGAUAUCAAUACGGACAUAAAAUUGAUGAGUAACGGUGACGGUGAUGGUGCUGAGGAUAUUGAUGAAAAACUCCAACACGUUUCACAUGAAUCCAGUAGAGCAAACCGCUUGCCUGGAUUUUAUGCGGACGCAGACGAUUCGUUGGAUGAAAUACCUGAAAAUGACGAUGAUUAUGAAGGUGAAUACGAUGUAGAAACGCCGCUGGACAUCGCCAAGCACUAUGCGCAGAGACAAAUGGCGCCGCAACACCAACUUUAUAAGCGUUCGGCUAUGGGCAUGGGUGGAGCUGGCGGUGUGGCCGAUGGCAUGGGUGGACUACCGGCGCUCGACUUGGAUACAAUGAUGGUCAAUGUAUCUCUGCUGCAGUACCUGGACACAGGCCUGUGGUUCAUCUCCGUUUACAAUGACGAGCUGGUUGCCCACUCAGUGACUCUGGUGGUCGAGGAGGCGGAGGGAGUAAGUACAACAUGCCCAAACGAUUGCUCGGGACGCGGCAGCUGCUACCUUGGCAAAUGUGACUGCAUCGAUGGCUACCAGGGUACAGACUGUUCGAAAAGUGUCUGCCCAGUGCUGUGCUCCGCUCACGGCCAUUACGGUGGUGGCAUAUGCCACUGCGAGGAAGGAUGGAAAGGCUCCGAGUGCGACAUCCCCGUGGGCGAGUGUGAGGUGCCGAACUGCUCCAGCCAUGGACGCUGCAUAGAAGGCGAAUGCCACUGCGAACGAGGAUGGAAGGGACCAUUUUGCGAUCAACAUGACUGUCUUGAUCCACUGUGCUCUGGCCAUGGCACCUGUGUGGCCGGCCAAUGCUACUGCAAGGCCGGCUGGCAGGGCGAGGACUGCGGCACCAUCGAUCAGCAGGUAUACCAAUGCCUGCCCGGCUGCUCCGAACACGGCACCUACGAUCUGGAAACAGGCCAGUGUGUGUGCGAACGUCAUUGGACCGGACCCGAUUGCUCGCAAGCUGUCUGCAGUUUGGACUGCGGUCCCAACGGCGUCUGUGAGUCGAGCAAGUGCCGCUGUAAUCCCGGCUGGACGGGCAACCUCUGCGAUCAGCUACCUUGCGAUGCCAGAUGCUCGGAACACGGACAGUGCAAAAACGGCACCUGCGUGUGCUCGCAGGGCUGGAAUGGACGCCACUGCACACUCCCUGGAUGCGAGAACGGCUGCUCGAGGCACGGACAGUGCACGCUGGAAAACGGCGAGUACCGCUGCGACUGCAUUGAGGGAUGGGCUGGCUCCGACUGCUCCAUCGCGCUGGAAAUGAAUUGCAAGGACAACAUAGACAAUGACGGCGAUGGUAUGACUGAUUGUUCGGACAGCGAGUGCUGCUCGCAUCCCGCCUGUGCGGAGCACAUCAUGUGCCUCUCCUCCAACGACCCUGUAGAGGUGCUGCUGCGCAAGCAACCACCCUCUGUCACCGCGUCCUUCUAUCAACGAGUCAAGUUUCUGAUUGAGGAGAACUCGGUGCAGUCCUACGCCCACAUGGACGAAUACAGCGAAAAUCUCUUCUGGAACUCGUUCACACCUUGUCGGGUGUCGGUAAUGCGUGGACAGGUCAUCACGCCGCAGGGACUGGGCAUUGUCGGCAUUCGGGUCUCGGUCGAUCGGGAUUCGAGGUUCGGGUUCACUCUGACACGCCAAGGAGGAUGGUUUGACGUGCUGGUGAAUGGUGGUGGUGCAGUGACGCUGCAGUUCCAGCGCUCUCCUUUCAGGCCACUCACGCGCACCGUCUUUGUGCCGUGGAAUCGUAUAGUGGUGUUGCCACCCGUGCAGAUGCAGCUCAGUGACGACGACGAAAGCAGCGGCCGCAGCAUAAAAGUGGCCCCACUGAACCCGGCACUAACCUUCCUCAACUCCAUACUUUACCACUUUGCUGACGAGCAAGCAGAUGUGAGCAAAAUAUGCGUGGAGCAUGACCACGAGGAGCUGAAACCUCAAUUAAUUAGCACUUGGAUGCCGAACGGCGUUGGCGCUAUGCCCGGCAAGCGCGUCAUAUUUGCCGAGACGCAGAUUGUACAAGAAUCUAUACAGAUACCAGGCUCGGACUUGCAUCUAACAUAUCAGUCGUCGCAGGCUUCAGGCUAUUUGAGCAUCGUCCGCAUGCGUCUCACAGCCGAAAAGAUACCAAAGACCCUGACCCAUGUUCAUGUGGGCGUUGAGAUUGAAGGUGCAUUGCAUGUGAAGACAUACGAGGCAGAUCCGAACCUGAUACACACAUUCGCUUGGAACAAACGCAACGUCUAUCGGCAAAAGGUAUACGGCGUCACUAUUGCACGUAUCUCCGUCGGCUAUCAGCACUCGACCUGCAAAACGCCGGUUUGGAUUACGCAGACAGCCAAGUUACAGGGCUAUGACGUCGACAUUUCCGAUAUCGGCGGCUGGGGUCUGGACAUUCACCACCACUACAACUUCCACGAAGGUAUAUUACAGAAGGGCGACGGCAGCACGCUCCACAUGAAGGAAUAUCCACGCACUGUAAAAGUAGUAAUGGGCACCGGCCUGCAACGCCCUCUCAAUUGUCCGGAUCAUUGCAACGGUAUUGCUAAGGAUGCAAAACUACUAACACCCAUUGCAUUAGCUUCUGGUCCGGAUGGCAGUCUAUAUGUAGGUGAUUUCAACUUGGUUCGCCGCAUAACACCGGAUGGCAAAGUUUACACAAUACUGCAACUAAGCGCCACGCAGGUGUCAUACCAAUACUACCUAGCCGUUUCACCCGCUGAUGGUCACCUCUACAUAUCCGACCCGGAGCGGCAUCAAAUUCUACGUCUGCUACGCUUAGAGAAGGUGAAGGACCCCAGCAUCAACAGUGAACCAAUUGUAGGUAGCGGUCAGCGCUGUAUACCUGGCGAUGAAGGCAACUGUGGCGAUGGGGGACCCGCGUUGCAAGCUCGUCUUUCACAUCCCAAAGGUUUGGCUAUUGCCGCUGACCGCACCAUGUACAUUGCGGAUGGAACCAACAUACGGGCGGUGGAUCCUAAGGGCGUAAUACACACUCUGAUUGGACAUCAUGGCCACCAUAACCACUGGAGCCCGGCGCCUUGCUCUGGCACACUUAUGGCAAAUCAAGCCCAGUUGCAGUGGCCAACCGGUCUGGCACUCAGCCCACUGGACGGUUCGCUGCACUUCAUUGACGAUCGCUUGGUGCUGCGACUAACUUCCGACAUGAAGAUACGCGUCGUAGCCGGCACCCCCUUACAUUGCAACAACAACGGUCAAGACAAAACCAACAAAACGUCCGAAAAUGUGCUGGGCACAGUUCUCGCGAUGGCAUUUUCACCGUUCGGCGAUCUCUACAUCGCGGACAGUGAUUCGCGGCGAGUUAACUCAAUUCGCGUGGUGGACACGGCGGGCAAUAUGCGUUAUUUCGCAGGAAAGCAAGAGGGCUUGGGUUCACUAACCUGCGAUUGCUCCAAUGGCAACACCGUGAACGGUUCAACAUCCGGUUUGGCCUCAGCGCAUUCAUCAACGGGCAACAGCGGCGUCGGCAGCGCCUACUCAACGACCAUGAAUCCAAAACGCACAACCACACCGACAACGCCAGCUGGAGGCAAUGGGCAUGGCAGCGGCGGAAACGGAAAUGGGGCUGCCUUUAGCAACGGCGGGGUGGCCAGUGGUGGUGGAGUUGCUGUGGGUGCACCAUGCAUUUGCAGCGGCGGCGGUGUCGGUGUCACGGUCGGCGCUCCCAGCGGACUGGCGGGCAUCGUGGCCGGUGGUAAUUUAAUGUCAACUGGACCGACCACAACCACUACGAUAUUACUCGGCGCCAAAACAACAGCUGCGGCGAACGGCAUGGGCGGCGCCAUGAAUGAUGAUGGCACUCUGAGUAACGCGGAGACCUUGCUGUCGUCGAACGCUCGCUUCCAGGCGAUUUCGGCAAUUUCGGUGGCGCAGGACGGCGUCAUUAAUGUGGCAGAUCAAGGUUCUCUUCAUGUACUUGCGCUUGAGCAUUAUCUUCCAUCGCAUGAUGAAAAUGGCGAAUUCCACAUUCCCUACCCACCAUCUAGUGAAAUUUAUGUCUUCAAUCGUUAUGGCCAACAUGUUGCCACAAAGGACCUCACCUCAGGAAAGACACGUUACAGCUUCCUAUACUCCAAGAAUACUUCCUUUGGUCGACUUUCCACCGUAACCGAUGCCUCCGGCAAUAAGAUUCAAUUCCUCCGCGAUUACAGCAAUGUUGUCAGCUCCAUAGAAAAUACACAGGAUCACAAAUCGGAGAUACAGAUAAACGGUAUCGGCAUUAUGACCAAGUUGAGCGAGAAGGGUCGUCAAGAGAUCGAAUUGGAUUAUGACAGUAACACCGGGUUGCUUAUGUCCCGGUCUUCGGGCGGUGAGACUUACAUCUAUCAGUACGAUGAGUUCGGACGUGUUACUGGCACUAUCUUGCCAAGUGGUGAAAUCGUACGCAUCACUUCACAGCUUGCCGACAACAAAGGUUUGACCGUUUAUGUGCACGCCUCGGUUGAGUCACUUUUCUCUCGCGAACGGGGCGAAACCAAUGAACUGCUUGUUUUGGGCGGUGUGCGUUCUACUUUUAUGAAGAAGGGCGGAGAGAACGCUGAUGCUGAAAUUAAACCGAACAAUACACUUGUUAUUCACAGUGCUAAUGGUGUGGUUGUUGAAUCAUCGGCUGUUGCAAGACACCCCCUACUCGAGGCUGCCUUGCCGGUGGAAGCUGAAAUGUUGGCAAUGUGGUCCCACCAAAGCGUCAUCAUGGGUGAGGGUUUGACAAACAAUAUGUACUCUGUGUAUAAUUUAGUCGGCGAUGUGCGCAAUCCUCAGCAAACACUCAACCGUGAGAUUUGGGUAAAUCAAUCACGAGUCAUUGGAGUCGAGUACGAUCAAUUUACAAACCGUGAGACAUUCUACGACAUGAAUCGGACUCCUAUUCUAAUCGUGGCGUACGACCAAUCCGGCUUGCCCAAGUCAUAUUAUCCCACUAAUGGAUACCCGGUGAACAUCACUUACGACCGCUUUAAUCGGGUCGAAGGCUGGGCUUGGGGUGCGGCCGAGCUUAAGUACUCUUACGAUCGGCAUGGUCUACUCUCCGAAAUCACCUCACAGCAAGACGGCAUCAUAUCUUUUGUGUACAAUGACUGGAAUUUGAUGUCGGAGAUCGGAUUGGCUAGCCAGCGAAAGUUUGUUCUGCAAUACGAUGAUUCGGGUGGUCUGCGACACGUUUUAAUGCCAUCCGGUACAAAGCAUUCCUUCAGUAUGCAGACCUCUAUUGGCUUUAUUCGUUGCACAUACACUCCCCCGGGUAGCACACGUGCCUACCUACAGCAUUACAGUCAUUCAGGUGCCCUACUUCAGACCAUAUUUCCCGGUGAUGGUGCCCGUAUCGUUUACCGUUACAACUCUGGUGGUCAGCUGGCUGAAAUCGUCCAUGGCGAUGGCAAGAGCGAGUUUAUAUACAACGAUGCUACUGGCAUGCCCAGCACUGUCUCGCACACUGAGCGUGAAUUAGAGUAUCGUUGGGACUUUGAAUAUACAGGAGGCUUGCUAAGCGAAGAACGUAUCGACUAUGUGGCAAAGACAGGACUGAGUAACGCUAAGUUCACAUACGAGUAUGAUACCGAUUUCCGGGUUAUCUCAAUUCAAGGACGUAUUGGCGGCCAGAAUUUACCAUCGCAGAAUUUCGCCUACAAUCAACGCACGGGUCAGCCUAGCUUGAUUGGUCAGUUCAAAAUCAUGCAUCCGAUGCUGAAUCAAACACAAGUUUACGAUGGUACGGGAACUUUCACUCGUACUGUGGACGGCCGCUUCAUGACACAGAAAGUCACGUUGUCCAUACACCGUCUCGAAGUAUUCCGCAUGGAAUUCUCAUUUGGCAUGCAUGGACGCAUUACGCAGACACGCACCUACACCCGCAACAUGGCCGUCAAUACAUACACCAAUGUAAAGAACUACACUUGGGACUGUGACGGACAGUUAAUUGGUGUUGAGGCACAGGAACCGUGGGGCUUCCGCUAUGACGACAACGGCAAUCUGCUUUCUUUGACCUACCGUGGCAAUACCAUCCCAAUGGAAUACAAUACACAAGAUCGAAUUGUUAAGUUCGGGGAAGGCCAAUACAAGUACGACACACGUGGACUUGUUGCUCAGAAUGCGCGAGAGGAACGUUUUCACUAUAACACACAAGGGUUGCUGGUCCGUGCGACAAAACGUGGUAGGUUCGAUGUACGUUACUAUUACGAUCACAUGAAGCGUUUAACCACCAGAAAGGACAACUUUGGCAAUGUCACACAGUUUUUCUACAAUAAUCAACAACGUCCUUAUGAAGUAUCACAAAUUUACUCACCACGUGACGGCAAACUAAUGUCCUUGACCUAUGAUGACGUAGGUCAUCUCAUCUAUGCACAAGUGUACCGUCACAAAUACUACGUUGCUACAGAUCAAAGUGGCACGCCGAUCAUGAUCUUCAACCAGUAUGGCGAGGACAUUCGGGAGAUUAUGCGUUCACCAUUCGGACACAUCGUCUAUGACUCCAACCCUUACCUGUUUUUGCCCAUCGACUUUUGUGGCGGUAUCUUGGAUCCAGUAACAGCACUCGUGCAUAUGGGCGAUGGAAGGGUCUAUGAUCCGCUAAUAGGUCAAUGGAUGUCUCCUAACUGGGAACACGUAUCUGAACGUAUCAUAACACCAACCAAGAUGCACCUCUAUCGUUUCAAUGGUAAUGAUCCCAUCAAUGUAGAUCACGAUCGCAAUUAUCCCGCUGACUUCUCUUCAUGGAUGAAGACGCUUGGCUUCAGUAUAAAGAACAUGAUACCGCAACUAACGCGAAAUCUUUGGGAGCAGCCAUCGCUGUGGGGACGAGCACCACAUAACCCAAUUGCGCUAAAUAUGAAACGCCCCAUAGACAACAUACCAACCAUUGCCGUGGAAAGCGGCUUCUUGGCACAUCUCAAUGUUCGUAGAAUGUCGAAUUUCGAAGAUUUGUCUGCACCUCCAAAAUCGGCUCUCAAGUUCGAUGUCAUGGAUCCUAGCCCACGAAACAUCGGCUCAGAUACUGAGCCACCAUUCGGCAAAGGCAUAGUUGUAUCCCGAACCAGCGACGGGCAAGCCAUCGUGUCCAGUGUACCUGCCGCGAAUGCCAUCUAUCGUGAUGUCUACACAUCAGUCUUCAACCGCUCUAAGCUGCUGCCAUUCACAUUUGUCGUGCAUAAUGCCCAGCAAGAUUCGUUCUUCUUUGUCAAGGAGGAGGCGUGGCGUGCCAGCGAGGAUCGACAACAACUAAAGCGGCUUCAAGGACAAGUAAAUACGACAUUCCACGAAAAUUCUAGGGAAAAUGGCAGCGGAAACAAUUAUUUGGAUGUAAAAAUUCACGGAGCCCAUGCCAUCAUCAACUUACGAUAUGGCACUACGGUUGAGAAAGAAAAACAGCGACUCAUGCAUCAUGCCAAACUGACGGCGGUACGUAAGGCGUGGCACCGCGAGAAGGAAGCACUACGUAAUGGUUUAACAACGGCUAUAGAAUGGAACCAACAGGAGAUCGAUGAGAUACUCAAACAAAGUUACGCGAAUAACUACGAAGGCGAGUACAUACACGACGUCGCGCUGUACCCUGAACUAGCCGAAGAUCCCUACAACAUAAAAUUCGUGAAGAAAAAAGGCGCAACGGGUGGCGCCGCCGGCGUAGCCAACGCCCGCAAACGACGGAGAAGGGACAUACAGAGCACUAGUAAUAUCGACGAAAAGCUGAGAGGAGCGACGGCGAAAGACACGCUGAGCGCACUCACGAGACGGCACUUACCAUUGCGAAAGCUCGAUGGCCGUCCAACCAACAGCAACACCGCAUGUUAGCCACAGUGAUACAACGGGAGAAACGAAGAGGUUACAGAAUGAAGAAAAUGAAUUUGUGUUAAUUUCAAAGAGAAUAAAAAUAUUAGGUAAUGAUAAGCAGCUGAAACUAGAUUAGUAACGGUAUAAACUGACAUGUACGAUAAGAAACACGACCAACAAAGCGAGCAAAAGAGCCUUGUGGUGCAAAACACCGCUAUGUUCGUAGGUGCUUGGAGACCCGAGCAGACUAAUUCGGUUCCACUUUAGAAAACGGAACUUUGUAGAACAAAUGCGUAGAUUGGUAAAUUUACAGUUAUGUCGAUUAUUUACAUGGGUCGACGAAGACGAAUUAACGGCAUAAUAAGAUAAAGAAAUAGUAAUAUGAAUUACAAUAAAGUAAAUAUGUUUUAUAUGUGUACAGUAGUGAAUAAAUGCAGAUUAAAUAUAUAACUAUGCGAUAAGAUAAUUUAUGUCCUAACAUUAAGAACUACCAUAAUGUAAUAAAUAUAAAAAGGGGAAAUCAAAAUUUUACACCUAUUCGAAUGUAAGCCAACUACAACAACAACAAGAACAGAGGCAUGUUAGCUGCGUUGAGAGCAGGCGAGUUCAGGCAUUCAGACACACCCACACACACACACACACUGACAGGGUGUGGUGAGGUGAGCUGUGGCGAAAUGCUCAAACUGAAACAUGCGAAGCACUGAGAAAUGCCAAACAACAACAACAUACAUAUUUAACAUAAAUUAAUUUAGAAAAAUACCAAACUGAAGCCUGAGGAAUGGGCGAGAACUCGCAAAAUCUAGUAAAAGUGCUGAACUAAUUCAAUUGUUUUGUAUCGAGAUCAACCUUCUCCGAUUGCGAAGGGUUGAACAGGGACAAUUCAAGUCAAGGUGAAGGUGGCAGUAAUAUGUAGUAAGUUAAAUGUCAAAUAUCCGAAAAUGUCUAAAUUGAAGAAAAGAAUUUAUUAUGCUAAAAUUAUUAGUUAACAGUAAUUGUAUAAGAAAUUGAUAUCGAUGGCGUACAUGUGUACAUACUACUUGUAGAGUUACAGGUGGCUUCGGCUUAACGUUUCAGCGUCAGCUCCGCUUGCCUUUUUGUUAAAAUUAUUAGAUAUUUUUAAGUGCUCGUGCUAACGGUUCACAUCAUCGACAUCACCGACUCCUACGACCGUCGACCGGCGACCGGCGAUGAAGGAAAGAGCUUGAAACCAAUAAAGCAGUAUUACAAAACAAGACACGUUUUCAUUUCACGAAGAGAGCAAGGAAGCAGAACAAACACUUGUUUGUCUGUGUUGGUACCGUUUGAUUGUUAUUUGCAUUUCAUUUCCGUCGUCAUUCAGUGAACACAAGUGCGCAUGUGUGUGUGUGCACGCCUAGCUAUUUCCCAGGGCAAAUAAGUUUUCAUAAUUUUUCUAAUUUCUCGCAUUUCACAAGAUCGAUUUCGUGCUUCGGCAGAGACGGCAAUGAACUUCCGUCCAUGUUUGUGCAAAAGAAAAUCGAAAAACCGAAAAUGAAACACUUUAAAUAGAAGAAGGCACAAUUCGGCAAGGGCUCUCUGUUGCAGCACAAUGAAGGGUGAUUCACCUCACAGUUUCCGCACGAACUUAAGGAAAACAUAGAAAAAGUAUAAAUUACAAAAUUUCAUUUCAUUGCGUAGCAUUCAUCCUUCAUUCCUUUUGCCUUCGGUGCUUACCGAAUUUAGACGCUUGCAUUGAAACGGUCCAGCAAAAUGUUAAAUUUAGUCCAAGUAGAAUUUUAUAUUGUACAUAUAUAGGCAGACACAGAGCUCAGAAGUUGGGUGUCCGAGCCUGCAAAGAGGCCGAAUGAUUGCUGCCAAAUGCGCUGCACUCACGUGACGCCCCACACUCCCAACCUUUGAGGGCGAGGUCGAAAGAGAAGGCAUUAGACAACAAAAGUGGCCGGCAGUAAGCGGCCGAGAGCCGUGGCAGAGCGCAGAACGCAGUUAGCAUAAGCAAAGUGAGAAUCAAAUUAAUCAUACUCGUUCAUAGUAUUAUUAAUGUGUGUGUGUGUAUGUACGUAACAGUGUGUAGCAAGAAUAAUAUCACAUAAAUAUCGGAUAAGCCAACAAAGUAAAAUACAAUAAAUAGAAGACAGGAACCCCGCAAAAGAUACCGCCGCCAUCGCUGCUGGGCUUGCUGGCACCCACGUGUCCUACAGCUGAACACAUACACGUUUACAUGGAGCGCGAUGUGCACUUAUGCGUUUGUGUAUGUGUAGUCAAUAGCUGAAGAAUGCAAUUCUUAUUAACCGGAAAGUUUACCAGCCACAACAACCACAACAACAAUAAAAGCACGCCAAGUCUCUCCUAUGAAAUUAGACAUUAACCGUAAUUCACGCGAAUAAGCCACAAGAUUUAGAUUUAUGUAGAUGUGUGUAUAUAUGUGCUGAUUUGCAUGAAUUGUAGCGUUCAACGGGAUUAUGUAAGAUAUUAUCUGCUAAGAUGUAUGUAUGUAUGUGUGUAUAUAUGAGGGCGCAUAUCCGUUGCUUAUGAGACUAGUACUUCCUAAUUUACACCCCACCCCUGCUAUGAAUAACCCUAAAGUACUAAUAUCCCAAAUGCACCAGCAACAAAAACAAUUAACUAAAAAUACAUAGAUUCCACUUCUGCCGCAGAAAUUAGCAACGCCCGCGCAUUAGUGCGGCUCAAGUAGUGAUUAUCCUACUUACACUGUAAUUAUUGUGAUAAAAAUAUGCAUUGAAUGGAACCUGUUUUGCGUGUAACUCGCUGCCUAGGAGCUUUUGGUUUGCAUGUGUGUGCUCGAGGCAGAAAUGUUUCAAAAUUUUGUGUUCCCUUUGCCGCUAUUUGUGAUGCUUUGAGCCUAGAAUUAGUUACGCACACGUGCGUGCGCAUGUGUGUGUGUGUUAGUGAGUAAGUGAAAGUGUAAAGUAUUGAACCCAAACUAAUAUCUAACAUCUCCUCUGUACUGCAUGGAGCCAACACAAAUCCUUAUAAUCUAAUUAGUCUUAAUUGAAAUGUUGUAAAUUAGCAACGCCAGCCGAUCGGCCGAUCCGCGAAUUAUGCAUGAAAAAUGCAAUUAGCGAGCCGGUGAGCCGGUUAGUCGGAUUCAACUCGAACCGACAGCCAACCGACAAGCAACCCCUCCGCAACAAGGAGUUCACGAGCUGGCAGGGCUUUGUAAAUAGUAUUUGGCGUAGAAUAAUUGUAAAUGUUAAUUAGAAUCGGAAAUAAUUUUUGACAUAACACUCCACAUUUACAUACACAUAGACAUAUACAUAUACAUAGGGACAGAGUAAACUAGGGAUAAUAUUAAUUAGGGCCAAGUGCACCAAAUAUCCUGCAACAAAUACAUGUGUGUAUGUAUGUAUACUGUAAGAGUUGUUGUUUUGUUUUUACCAUUCUUCUUAUGUCUACAAUUCGAUAAUAAUUGGCAACCCGAUCCAAUAAUUGAAAGAGCAGGAGUCAGUUACCUAUAAAUUUAACGCAAAACGAAAAACUGAAAGAAAAAAACUAAAACAAAACACACACAAAUAACGAUAAAAAUACUCGUAUAGAACAGCAAAACAAAAUCAAAUAGUGGGGGACCAACUUCCACAAGCUAACUUGGCCACUAGGUGGGCCUCCGUGAAACAAAACGUGCAAGAUAGAAUAAUGCAAUAAGAUAAACCAAAACAAAACGAAAGGAAACAAAAAGAAAUGAAAUCAAUUUGAAUGCUUAACACCAAACGAUCACGAAAGCAAUAAAAGGGAAGGAGAGCCAGUCGACACAAUUUCGGCAUUUUGAGACUUGGACUUGCAGAGUUGUGGCGAUUGGUUCCCAGCGUCGGCCGGGUAGGGCUUCAAACGGGCUUAAUGCAUAAUCAAGCUUAAUUCGUGUAACUCAUACUCUUAAUUGUUGGACUCCGAGUAGCUAUGAAAUGAACUCGUCCAAACUGUAUAUAUGUAAUCCCAAGGGAGCGAGUGCGCCUGCGCCGCCAACUCCAAUUAGAAAUAUAAAAAUAGCAAGAAAUAUUCAAACUAAACAAAAAACUAUUGUAUUUUUAGAAGAAGGACAACUAAUUAAGAAGCAGUUGAAAACUAAAUGAAAAUUUAAGAAACAGGGAAUCAAUUCGAAAUAGUUUAUGAAAUAUUGUUUGCCGCGGCGAAAUCAGCGCCGUGUGGGCGAAAUUCUUUAGUGAUAAGGGACUGAUAACCAAACGGAAACAAAAAGUAGGAAAAGACAAAAUAAAUGUUUACAAUGGGAAGAAUUUAUAAGCAAAAUAUAGAGAAAACUGAAUGUGCGAUAUAAAUAUGAUAAGGCAAUGCCGCCGGGCAAGAGAAAUAUGAUAUUUAAAAUUAUUUAUGAACUAAUACAUACAGAUGCAUAUACAGUAUAUAUAGUGAGCAGCAGAGGAUGUAAUGUAUGAGAUGAGUAGAGGGCAACAUUUAACUGCCUGUGUAUGUGUGUCACGGCGGACGUAUUUAUAUAGUCCAUAGAUAUGUAUGUACACCGAAAGAUAUGUUUGCGCAAAACCUUCUACUUCCCCUCAUUUAAGCCAUCCCCUCUCCUUCCUGGCAACUCCACACCUAAGUUGAAAAGAAAGCACCAAAGAAGUUUAUUCAGAACUAUACUCACGCCAACAAUUAGUUCAGCAUAACUGUACAUGUGCAUACAUAUUUGUGGUUAGAGCAAAGUUGCAACAUCUCGAAAACCACAUUGAACCGCAUUUCUAUGUAAAAUAUUGAACGCCUGUUGCUGCCCCACAAACGAUUUCCAUAAGCGAGAGCGCAUUUGUCACGAUCUAAGCAGAAAUGAUUUACGUUAAGUUAAUGAAGUUAAUUAUAAGCUAAUAACUAUACAUUAAAGAGUAUAUAUUAUUUAAAAUGAUGCAUUUUAAGCAAAAGCGAAUAUGAAAACAACAAAGAUUACACUGAGGAUAUCAAGGGUCUAUAAACGUAAAUAAAUGAUAUAAAUAAAAUUACAAAAACAUAAAACUCAUGUAUGAAA